AUGGAAAACUUGGAGCAGAAGUUCCAGGAGAACCUAUCAGUCACCUCUAGAAUUGUAACACAAUCUCCCAGCUCGGUAAGAAAAUACUCAGACCCAAUCCCAGUUGAUCUACUUAUCGAAAUAUUCUCUAGACUCCCUAGAAAAUCUAUAGAUAGGUUUCGCUGCGUAUCGAAAUUAUGGAGAUACAUACUUCGUCGUCCUGAUUUCACUUCCAUUCGUCCAGAGAUCCUUUUCACCGUAAAAGUUGAUGGCAAGAUAUUAUUCUGUUCUUCACCUCAGCCUCAAAAUCAAGAUGAUAAUUGUACUCUUGUAGCCACACCUUUUCAUACGUCUUUCCCCGAAUAUUUUCCAUCUAAUAACUGUUCUACGGUUUGUGGAUUGGCCCUUCUUCAUCGUUAUGAUAAAAGAAAGGGGAUGGUGGUUUGUAACCCUCGCACGGGAGCGUUCCAAACCUUACCCAAACUGCUUAUGAGAGACAAAAGUACCUUACUAAAUGAGGAGAUUGCAAGAAUCAGUCUUGGAUAUGAUCCGAUCAGCAAACAGUUCAAAGUGUUGUGUGUGACCUCGUCACCUUGUGACAGACCCGAUACUCAUCAGGUUCUGACAUUGGAGUCUGGAAAACCUUUGUGGAGAAGGAUCGAAUGCGAGUUCCAUUUUAAAAAGACUUAUAGAAUGCGUGGUGAAAUAUGCAUAAACGGUGUUUUGUAUUUCGGAGCUUGGUUGGGAGAGACUUAUGUGGUAGUUUGUUUCGACGUUAGGACGGAGAGGUUCGGCUUUAUUAACUUAGAUAAAGACAUGUUAGGAGACGAUGAUGGUUAUGUUUGGGGUGAAUUGGCUUUGUUCAACUACAAAGGUAAAUUAGGUUUACGUGAGGGAACACCUUAUCUGAGUAGAGAAGAUGAACUUGUGUUGUGGAUGCUAGAAGAUGCUCCAAAUCACAAAUGGUCCAAGCAUAGCUACCAAUUGCCUCGUUUUCUCAGAUAUAAAUGGUUUGUUGGAAUGACUUCUACAGGUGACAUCGUGUUCUUGUCCUUCCCUGACCACCGAUCAAAGCUUUACUUUGUUUACUUCUUCAAUCCCGAGAGGAAAACCUUUGCAACAGUCAAUAUACAGGGAUUUGAAGAGUUUAAGACAUGGCAUACUAUCCGCAUCUUUCUAGACUACAUGGAGAAUCUGAAGUUUAUGUAG